GACUUGACUCAAAUUGUCGACAUAUUGGCUGUUUUAAUCACAAUCUCGCCCUUUUUUGAGUUUCAACAAACAAAAUAGAAAUGUGUCUUUUUUUGCCUCCUUUUCCCCCCGAACCAGGCUGUCCUCGUCAACGGAACCCGGGCUGCUUCUCUUCCUGCCUCCUAAUGGACUGAGCUCAUGCUGCUAAAUAACAGACCGGCCAUCGUGAUGGUGGAACGACGAUUAUGAAGACACAAGGUUCAACCAUGUCGCCAAAUGUUUGGAAAAACGGCCUGGCCGUCCUAGCGCUGUUGGGCCUCGUCUUCCUGCUGCGCAACAUCAGUAUUUUGGAGAACUGGAACUGUAACACGGUAUCAGCGCUGUCGCAUCUCCAGAACCGCAUCCAAUCCUCCUUGUCUGGACCCGUCCCGGUCUACCACCACAAUCACUCCUUCUGUGCACAUCUGGGCCAGAAACCCUCGCUGGAAGAAGAGCUGGAAGAAAGCUACUUGUUGAGUUCCAUCGCCUGGCCCGGGCCACCCUCUGGCUCGGGACUCGUCACCCUGCUGAGGACCAGCGACCCGGUCCACAGCCUCUUCUCCAUCCUCCCCCCUGAGAACGAGGGGCGGCGGUACGUUGGCGAGCAGCUCGAGAUCAUCGUCCAGAUGUACGACUUUAAGGGCCGAGCUAAAAGCUACGGUGGCGAUUUUCUUCUGGCUCGACUGCACUCACCGGAGUGCAGGGCGGGCGUGGCCGGGGUGGUGCUGGACCACGAGAACGGAUUCUACUCCGUUCGAUUCCCGCUGCUGUGGGAAGGCUCGGCUCAGGUGGAGGUCAUCAUGGUGCACCCGAGCGAGGCGGUCGCCGUGCUGCGGCGGCUGAGGGAGGAGCGACCCGACAGAGUGUACUUUAACAGCUUCUACCGCCUAGGCCUUCGGUUUGAGACCACCGUAUGUAACGUGUGCCUGCCGCCCGACUGGGGACUGCUGUGCGACUACACAGACCCUCGCACUGGCGAGCCGUGGUACUGCUACAAACCUAAGACGCUCGGCUGCCAUGCCAGGAUCAACCACGCCAAGGGAGGCUACCUCAAAAACCUCACAACAAACAAGGAAGCUCUGCUCUUUCAAAGUGGAGUCAACAUAAAAGUUCCCAUCCAGGCUUCGGGAAAGAACACGAUCAAGGUGCUGCCUUCAAGGACAGGUAGGACCUCCGCCGCCAGAGAGCUUGAUUGUUUCAGGUGUUUCCAUGCCUUUCUUUGCACGGCCGUAGAAAGUGCCAUCAACCUGGAAGAGACUUCUGGGUAUUACUACCAAGACUCGUGGAGACCUUUAGGCGCCGUCGCUAUGCGCCAGUUCGACUCGUCCGCCAUCACUCAGUGUUUGAGCAACAAGGUGGUGCACAUGUACGGCGAUUCCACCGUCCGCCAAUGGUUUGAGUUCCUGGUGGAGGCGCUGCCAGACUUGAAGGAGUUCAACCUGCAGAGUCCUAAAAUGGUGGGGCCCUACAUGGCGGUGGACAGCGGCCACAACAUUCUGGUGACGUACCGCUGCCACGGGCCGCCGAUACGCUUCACCGCCGUCAUGGCCAGCGAGCUGCGCUACAUCUCUAACGAGCUGGACGGCCUGAGCGGGGGUCCCAGCACGGUGGUGGCCCUCAGCAUCUGGUCUCACUUCAGCACCUUCCCCGUGGAGGUGUACGUGCGGCGCCUGCGCCACAUCCGCAAGGCCGUGGUGCGGCUUCUGGAGCGGGCGCCGGGGACGCUGGUGGUGAUCCGCUCAGCCAACCCCCAGGCCCUGGACCAGCAGGUGAGUCUGUACAACAGCGACUGGUUCUCCCUGCAGCUGGACGCUGUGCUGCGCGCCAUGUUUAAAGGCCUGGACGUCCUGCUGGUGGACGCCUGGCAGAUGAGCGUGGCGCACCGUCACCCUCACAUCCUCCACCCCUCGCCCGUCAUCGUCAAGAACAUGGUGGACCUCAUUUUGUCCUACGUGUGUCCCUAGAAAUACCAAAGAUGGCCAUUUGGCUCUGGAGCUAAAAACGGCCUAAAACUAUGACAUCACUGACAAGGAUGUACUUUUAGGAGAAAAGUCAUACUACUAAAGUCAUUUUUACGACGAGUCGCAAUACCUGAGGAUAAAACGUAGAGUCAUCCCUCGCCACAUUGCGCUUUCUUCAACAUUUUGGCCCUAAAUGAAGCAUUUCCUAGACUAAGACGCCUAAAUAAACUACAAAAAAAAUCUAAACUACAGUUGUAUUGGCCACUAGAUGAGAGCAAACCAAUCAGAUCACACUGUUCAGUAUCGUGGCCACUGAUUGGCUCAGCCUCAAGCUGCAUUACUAUAUUGGAUUAAACAGUGUAAAGGUGACUAGAGGGUGUUACCGUAUUUUUCGGAGUAUAAGCCGCACCGGCCGAAAAUGCAUAAUAAAGAAGGAAAAAAACAUAUAUAAGUCGCACUGGAGUAUAAGUCGCGUUUUUUGGGGGAAAUUUAUUUGAUAAAAGCCAACACCAAGAAUAGACAUUUGAAAGGUAAUUUAAAAUAAAUAAAGAAUAGUGAACAACAGGCUGAAUAAGUGUACGUUAUAUGAGGCAUAAAUAAUCAACUGAGAACGUGCCUGGUAUGUUAACGUAACAUAUUAUGGUAAGAGUCAUUCAAAUAACUAUAACAUAUAGAACAUGCUAUACGUUUACCAAACAAUCUGUCGCUCCUAAUCGCUAAAUCCCAUGAAAUCUUAUACGUCUAGUCUCUUACGUGAAUGAACUAAAUAAUAUUAUUUGAUAUUUUACGGUAAUGUGUUAAUAAUUUUACACAUAAGUCGCUCCUGAGUAUAAGUCACACCCCCGGCCAAACUAUGAAAAAAACUGUGACUUAUAGUCCGAAAAAUACGGUAUUUCAUGUCUAGAAGAACUUAUUUAGAAGGUAGUUAAUACAUUUUUUAUGCUCAAACAAUGAAAAUGUUCCAUUUAUAAUUCAUAAUUCCUACUUCGCAGGAAUCAAUUGAUUGCGGUCAUGUCUGGAACCAAUAACAGCGAUAAAAGGGGCGAUUAGUGUACUUCGUUUUAGGAUUACAAUUCACGCAAAUGUUGUUGUUGUACAAGUUACGGAAAAAAAGGCUCAGACUUAUACAAGCGGAGAAUUUAUAGCAAAUUGAAAAGUACAACUUGAAAAAUUCCGAUUUCUUUUUCUGGCCGUAACACAACUUUUUUGUUGCACAAUUAAAGUGUAAAGUUACAGGAAAAAGUAAACAUUUUGGACUAAAAUCCAUUAUUGGGAGGAUGAAGAUUUAGGAUGCUGAAGAAAAUUAACCCGGUUUUGUUGAACAAUGGAUUAAUGAGGUAGUCAUUUUGUGAGAGAAUACGAGAAUAAACGCAAAAAAAGGCUGCUUAAGACGUAUUUGAAAGUACGACUUCUCGGAAAAUUACAACUUUAUUUUUUUGAUGAUUCAACUUUUUUUUUAAACGAACAAAUAAGUAUUAAAACUGCCAUUUUACAAAAAAAUUUGCAAAAACAAACAUUAAAGAAGGCUUAAAAAUUCAUACAUUUGCGCAUUUGUCCAUUUAAAACUACGACUUCUUGUAGAAUUAUGACUUUUAUUCUUCCGAUAAGAUUUUUGUUGUUGAAAGGGGUUGAAUAGUAUGUUACGAUAAAUAUGUCAGGAUAUUGCGAGAAUAAAUGCAUAAAAGAAGCUGUUACUAAAAUUAAGGGGUACAAGAAAUGGUCGGGCUAGCAUGCUAAGUUGCAGGAACAUUCUAGCUUUGUUAGACACGAUCAUAUUGUAUUGAUCAUAUCGUAUUGGACAAUAUAGUUUACAUACCAAAUGUCCAUUUCCAUUUAUUUGAAGUAAUAACAAAAUGUAAAUGCCUGACUUACCUAUCAAGGAGGAAAUUAGCAAGUUUGGCGUCAGGUGAAAAAAUCUUCUCCAUCUUUCAAAGGCAUCCCCGAUACAAAUCCUUCUUUUGUUCCUGGCUUUGUCAUGAAUAAGUUGAGAAUCGUAACGACACCUUUUAGAUUGACUACGGUCUGACAUGUUUAGUAACUUUACCAAUGGCAGUAGCCAGACGAAGCUGGCGGUGCGUAACUGCCAACCUGGAUGUAACACACUCACAGACUUUCUAAUUGGUCAAACGGUGGCGGGCGGGGCAUCCAAAUGAAAACAAUAACAAGAUUUCGGGGCUGUAAAUCUUAUUUUGAAAUGAGCAUACAGUUAUCAGUUAUCGAGGUAUUUGAAAAGAACAUGAUUUAUUAAUGCCUUUUGACAUAUCUGCCAUUUAAUGACUUGACAAGAAAUUAUUACAUAUGGCUCCUUUAAAAGUGCAACUUCUUGUAGAAUAACGACUAUAUACACUCUUGCGAUGAUACAACUAUUUUUAUUUAAGUAGUAAUUUUACAAAAAAAACUACGUAUAACAAGGCUGACCAUCACAAUUCUUACCAACUUUUUUAAAAUUGAACACAUUUUUACAAAAGAUUUAGCAACAAAAUCACUGACUUUCAACGUUUAGCAUUCAGCUGUUAAAAACAUUGACUUCUACGAUAUGAUUUGUUUUGUUGAAAAAUAAAAUAUCGAAACGUAAAUAUUACGUUAAUGUUGGCACAAGGCAAGAAUAAACAUGAAAUAGUUUUUGUUAACUUCAACAUGCAAUAUUAGUUUUUGGCAUUUGUCCAUUUAAAACUGAUGAACAAAAGAAGUAUUAAAGCUUGAAUUUUACGAAAAAUGUUUUGAAAAUUAACGUAAAACAAGGCUGACCAUCACUGUGUACUUGUAUUAAUUAUUGUAUUAUAUAAAGAAUUAUCAGAACAUUUUACAUUUGUCCAUUUAAGAGUAUGACUUCUUUUUAAAACAGUUUUGAUUUUCUCAAUGUGACUUUUCUUUCAAAAAGUAUUAGUUUUUUUUUUAUGAAAACAUUUUUGGGAUAUUGCAAUAAUAAACGCAUAUAAGAGACUUAUUGUUGUACUACAUUUAAAACUUAUAUGAAAACAGUAUUCAUUUAACUAAAAGUACAACUUCUGCUAGAAUUAUGACUUUAUUCUUGCGAUGAUACGACUUUUCUGUUAACAAUGAAGUAUUAAAGUAGGAUUUUUACAAAAACCUUUUUACUUGUCUUAGGUAAGUCGCAAUGUUGCCAAUGGUUUAUUUAAAAGUACAACUUCUUGAAGAAUUACAACUUUACUGUAUCGGUAUUAUUUGAGUAACUGGACACAAAAAACGUCGGGAUAUUGCGACAUUAAACUCAUAAAAAGGCUGCUUGUUUUACCUGACAUUAGGACGCAUAAGAAAUGUUGCCAUUCGUCCUUUUAAAAGUACAAAGUCUUGUAGAAUUACGAGAGUUAAGCAGGAGAAACGGUGAAAAAUGACGGCAUUCACCCUUUUAAAAGUGACUUAACGCAACAGUUGAACCUUAACCAAGGUUAUCGUCAUGGUGGUGUAAUGAGUCAUUUACCACUCAGGCCUUUUCUACGUUUGUACAGCAGGAUCGAAGAUGUUGUCUGUGGACUUUUAUGUCGGAACAAGCUUUGUGUCUUCUCGCAAUGACAUGAAGGAGGAAGUCAUCAUGUGCCUUUUACUGUCUGACUUGGUCCCGCUUUAACUGAGCUUUAAUUGUUCUUUUCUCACCAAUCUCACGAAUAAACGUGUGGGAACUUGUGUCUUCUCAAAACCAAA